AUGAUUUCUUCUAUCACUGAAUAUUUGGAAGAGUUGAAGGAGGCCAUUGUGCCUACCGUGGCAAGAGCUGAAGACGAAGAGGAAACUGAAGACGUUGAAGGCGGUGACGACGACGACGACGAUGAGGAUGAAGACGAAGACGAAGACGAUGAAGACGAAGAGGAACAAGUCGACCAAUUGGACGAACUCAGAGAAAGCUGCAAGAACACUGAAGAAGCUAAACCUUUGGUGCAUCACUACCUCGAGUGUGUUGAAAGGGUCCACAAAGCCCAAGAGGAGCCUGGCUACGCCGACGCCCACUACAAGGAGGACUGUGUUGAAGAAUUUUUCCACUUACAACACCACAUAGACAGCUGCGUUGCCCCACAGUUGUUUGACAGAUUAAAAUAA